AUGUCAGCAGCAGCAGAAACGAUCGCGCCAGCGCCAGCGCAACCGCCCACCGCUGAUGUCACCGACACGCCCCGGAGCAGCUCGACAUCGUCCGAUGACGUCUCGACCCUGAAGCCCGCCGCCCAGGCAUCGUGGAAGAAGAAGCAUGGCGUGCAGCACGCGGCAAUUAACCGCACUGCAUCCCCAAAACGCUCAAAAACCUUCUGGAAGUCGUUCAAGUACCUGCUCGACCUCACGCCGAAGCAGGUGGACGACUUUAUGGCGUCCUACGUCAUCUACAGUCUCGACUGGGCCGACGAGCGCCAGAUGAUCGAGACCCUGGGCCCGGACUACCGCCAGAAGGUCGGCGACUGCUUACAGUCAUACUACGGCGUGCUGAACCACUUGUGCGCGCUGGGCGACGUGGAGAAGAUGUACAUCCCGCCGCUGAUGGACAAGAAGGCCUCCGUGCUGGACAACCAGAUGCUGUACGAGGAGUCAAUCGCCCGAGACAUCGGCCUCAAGCCUGGCGACAAGGUCCUCGACCUCGGCUGCGGCAGGGGCCGCGUCGCGGCGCACAUGGCCGUCGUCAGCGGCGCCAAGGUAACCGGUCUCAACAUCGACCCGAACCAGGUCGCGCAGGCGAAGGAGUUCAAUGAGCAGGUGGGCCUGGAGAACAGCUUCACGAUCCAGGACAUGAACGAGUUGCCCCUCCCGUUCGAGGACAACACUUUCGACGCAUUCUACCAGAUUCAGGCGCUGAGCCUGUGCAAAGAUCUGCCGCGGCUGUUCGCCGAGCUGCGCCGCGUGUUGAAGCCCGGCGCCAAGAUCUCGCUGCUGGACUGGGUUAGCCUGCCGGCGUACGACCCCACCAACGCCGAGCACGCCGAGCUGAUGCGGCGGACGAAGCCCCUCAUCGGCGCGGUGGGGACGCCGACCCCGCAGACUUUCGAGAAGGCGCUGACGGACGCCGGUUUCACGGUGCUCCGCUCGGACAACGCGAGUAUUGACGGCGUGCAGGCGCCGCUCAUUGACAAGGCGGAUGUGUACUUCCGGAGUCUGCGGCAGGUCAUCUUGGGGCUGGUCAAGGUGAGGCUGCUGCCGCCGCAUUUCAAGACGCUCAUCAACCGACUGUGUCUGGACGGGCAGGCGUUUGUAAAGAUGGAUACCAUGAGGCUUGUGUCGACGAGCUAUCGCAUUAUUGCUCAGAAGAACUAG